AUGGCCGCGGAGCGCUAUACGGGACGCCAUGCCCACUAUGACGGUGUUCGGGCGUCGACGAGCGCGGGAAUGAUUCUGCCGCCCUCAAACGCCCACAAGGGUGUAGAAGGCGGUAAUCAGGGGGCGUUUCGUACCAGCACGUACAACCAGCGCCAGUUCCAUGCUGUGGGAUCGGACAUGUGGUGGGUCAAGGCUAAUUCCCCAACGGUCCGCUUCAGAUUGCAGGCGGACGGCCUGAAUAUGAAAAUGAAAAAUAAAUCACGGAAGCUGCGCAGAUUUUGCCCCUUGGGCACAAUGCCUACAGUGCAGCAGCAGGCAGUAGCGACUUUGCACAGCCUCCGCAUCACUAACCUAUCGGAUCCGCACAAAGACAAUGCAAGCCGAAGGACCUGGGUCAUCCGCGCAAACCCAGGCCAAUUGGGCCCCGCGCAAUUGGCGCGGCGAAGCACUGCAUGGCUUUGCGGCGUAUACGGUCAAAGGGGCACGGAGUAUGCACGGGGCGCAUGUUCCGCGCCCAAGGCCCGUCCGGGGAUGGACGGCAUGCUUGCACAGCGCACAGGGCCUCGGACAAUCACCGCGCUGCGAAAGAACUUUGCAGAUAUCAAGCCGACGGAAGAUGCGUGUGGAGAAGCUCGAGCGCGAGACGGAGCGCAGGUCGGGUGUUUUGGGACAUCACCUUUGGUGUUAGACUCCGUGCCGGGGGCUGGGCGUCCGGAUAAAGGCGGCGGCGGCGUUUCCGGACGGGCGGAAGGGCAAGCGGACAAGUCUUCAAAGAGCAGUAAGAUCCAAGACGAUGAUGGGAAAUAG